AUGGCGUUGUCGCAAGGCAUCUACCGUUUGUUACCCUGGACAUCUAGCUUGGGCGGAAACAAAGUCAUGGCCGAAAUGCUGGUGACUCCCAACCAACACCAGUCUCCUAUGGUACUACCGCCGACGCUGAAACGCAAACGAGACGACAACCAGCUGCUCGUUCCCCCGGGUGAAGUGCCCCCAACGAAGCGUCGACUUACGAAUACGGACACAGUGAAUGUCAACUACAGUAACAGUACCAUAAACCCGACGCCCGGACAAAUGCCUGACGACAGCCACCCUUCGAACCCAACGUCGACCGGCCCUAAUCAGACCAUUCCUGAAUCGACGUGGUCUGGUGCUGAUAACCAAGAAGCGCCGCAACAAGACAAACACACUCCAAAGCCAAAAAAUAUGGAAAUCGACGCUUUACGCCAGUCGGUGGAUGCGCAACUGAGUCUGGAGGUACUUCUCAAGCACGACGAACUUCGUCUCAUUGACCAGGAAAUCGCCAAAUGCCAGGUCGCUCUGGAACAACUGCGUCGAUGCGCUGAAAUCCCAUACCCUUCUUCAGCCCUGACGGGGUUAUCGCAGUCGGUCAGCAGUGGCGUAGGGCACGCCAUCCCGUACGUCGGAAGCGGCCCGUCUCCUACAUCGCCAUCGCCCUGGGGUGUUGUCGACGGUCCCUAUUCUCGCCACUACUCCAAAUGGUUGUUGCCUGAUCCGCGGUUUGACGGUGGCGAAAUUUCGCCCGCUCCCAUGUCCAACUAUGGAUACUCUACAAGGGGAGCUGCCGAUCACGGCCAUCUUGCAGGCAAAUCAGCUCGUGCCCAACGAGGCAGCGUUAGCACCAGGUUGCAAUCUCUACCCACCGGGUAUCCGCCACCCAAGGAUAAAGCUGGUCCGAUGAUGAUCAAACGCAAGAGUGAUAACCAGAUGGUCAAACUAGUGUGUAUCGACUGCCGAAGAUACGAUUUCUCUAGCACCCAGGGUUUUAUCAAUCACUGUCGUAUCGCACACAGCCGUACUUUUGCCAGCCACGAAGCGGCUGCCGAGGCAUGCGGAGAAUCGGUGAAUGUGGAUGAGGCUGGCGCCGUGGUCGGUGGCCCUCCAGAGCCAACGCCAACCAGCACAGCUGUUCCUGGCUAUGUCCAUCCCUUAAUCCGGACUGCACCUGCUAUCGAUCGAACAUUCAAAGAUAACAAAUCCAAGCAAUCGACUACCCCUCGGAACCCACCAAACCAGAAAAAUACAGCCAUAGGUGCAGCCGCUACUGGAUCCCCUUUCAGGAAACGUGCUUUUGGAGUAUCAAACUCUUCCUUUAUUGCGUCGCCUGCUGCGCCCCACCUGUCUUCAUUUUUGGCCGAUAUGGGUUCGGGUUUGAACCUGGGCGAGAUCGUGGGCGAUGCCAAGACCACCGUGGACAUGAGCACAUGUGUAUCUGAAAGCGAGUCGGACGAUGAGGCCGACGGCGUAACACCUGUCACUGAGAGUCGGCCGCUGCAAGGAGCGCGUUUACCGGCUCGCACCACCAUGCCUCAGGCUGCGUCCCAGCGGCCUACCAGCAGUAAAGGCCACGAGACGACGCGCAGUGUGAAUACGUCUCGCAACAUCGCUACUCCUUCGAAAAUGGCCACCUAUGUAUCUCCGUAUCCUCCCUCCUCGAAAACACCGGGACCACUGCAGCUCAAUGGGGCGCAUGCUUUGGACCCGAUGGAUAUUGGAGAGAAUCUGAGCCCUCACACUGUCGAGUCAAACCAGGCCCCUAGUUUGGUUAGUGACGAUGAAGAUGAGUUUGAGGCAGCUUCGGACUCGGAGAGCCUGAGUCUGAGCUCAUCAGAAGCUGGACAUGAGGAUGAGGAAAUCGAUGACAUCGAAGUAGAGGACGAUGAAGGCACUGCAACACCGACAGCCACGGAGCCGAACGCCGACGUCAUGACCAGCCUGAAACGGGGUCAUGGCAAGAAAGGCGACCGACUUCUUGCACCUGCAAUCGUCUCUUUAAACCGAGGCAAAGAGGGUCGCCGGGUGAAUUUUGUGAAAGACCCAGCCAGUUCACCAUCCAAGUCCAAGAAGGAUCCCAACUCUAAACAAGGCUGA